AUGAAAAAGCUUAAUCUUGGAAAGUUACGAUGUUCCACUGCUUCCUCGAGUAAAGGUUACCCCUCAAGUAGUAAAUCAUCUACAAAGAACCAAUCUCAGGCCACGAUUUCUAGCUUCUUCAUCAACAAGUCAUGCUCAAAAGACGAGAACAAGGUCACCGCCAAAUCUGCCAAAUCAACAGUCAAGGUAAGGUUCUACUACAACACAGUCCUGAAGGGAUUGUACUUAAUUAACAAUUAGAAACAUUUACGCGAUGCUUCCAUUUCACUACCAGAUCCAGCCUGAUCAGGCAUGGCUUCUCACUGAGGAUUUCCCCCUUUCCCCUCCCCCCCCCCCCACCGGGUUUCACAAAUACUGAGCCACCGGGAGGCUGUGUGUAUUUUGUUUUAUCCUUUUAUCACUAUAAAGAAGCGACGGCUAUGUUGUCUCUCUUCCAUGCUUUUCACCCAGAUAUACGAAUGAGUCCCAGAGCUGUAGACCCUCUGUAACAGUUGAAACAUUGAAUUAGAUGAGGACCCUACUCAGGGGGGGGGGGGGGGGGGGGGGGGGGGGGACCCCCCCAGGGGGGGGGGGGGGGGAGGGUGGGGGGAGACUGGGGGUGGAGGUUAGGGCUGUAUUUUUUCUUGGCUGCAAACUGCUCAAACUGUAUGGACAGUCUUUCAUCAUUUUUCAAGUGACAAAACACAUACGUACUAGGAUUAGAGAAAACUUAUGGGGCUGAUUGCUAUGUGCAUGCUUUCUGUGCAGGCAGGCUAUGAGUUGGUUUCUGAGUGUGUCAGCUGUUUUAAGGUUUCUAUCAAAGCUAGCAUUUAUUAAGCCUUGUAUUGUUUAUUAAUUUAUAAAUUAUAAAUUGAAAGUCAAUAGAGUGUAGCAUAGGGAGUUGUUGCACAAUCUCCCCAGCUGGAGUUGGUUGUAUGUUGUCUGUAUCAUGGUAUUCAGUAUGCCCCUCCUUAAACAUGUACAUACAUUUUUAAUGGAGCUGGUGACAGACACCCAUAACUUACGAUUCAUCAAUUUCUUUUGUUUUGAUCAGAGAACUGCUGCAAGCAUUUUACUACAUGAUGGUGAUGAUGGUGAUAGUCAGAAUAAUCGUAAGAAGCAGAGGUUUGAUACUGAACUACUCUCCACUCAGGAUGACAAGAGUCAUGAUCCUUUAACAUCAACAGAUAAAGAAGUCAUAAGGCCUUCAACAAUGACCAAAUUAAGUUGUUUCAGAAAAGACUCAAAUGUAAAGGAUUCAUCCACAAAGAAUGAACAUAGAAGAACACAAAAUUCUAAAGAGUGUGUUGAUGACAAUAUGGAACUUGAUGAUGACAUGGACAGAACGAAUUUAAGCAGUGGUUGCAGUUUUAGUGGUGACAACAUGGAUGAUGUAAAAGACAUGGAUGUGAAGAAAACUGAAAAUCUUCAGAAAGUCAGGCCUAAUUUGGAGCAGUUUGCUUGUGCAUCACGUCCAGCUCCAUGUAAAACAAAACUUACAAUAACAGAGAAGAGUGAACCGAAUGGCUCAAAAAGUUUUAAUGUUAAACCAAAAUUAGCUUACACUCCACUAGAACUUCAGUUUGUAGAAGUAAAGUCUAACUACCCUGAUGUUAUUUUAUUUGUUGAAUGUGGCUACAGAUACAGAUUCUUUGGGGAAGAUGCAGAGGUAAUAAUUCAAUGUUUCCAACAUACAUGAUUAUGUAGUAUGGGCGGAGUUAGGGCAGGUUGGUUGAGUGGACUGCGGCCACAGUCCCCUUUUGCUGUGAAAUUUUAUAUUACUUUUAAAGGAUUCUAAGUAAAAAAAUAGUAUCUAUUAUAACUACCACGUGUCCCAUCCUCCCUUUCUGAAUUUUCUGGAUCCGCUUCAGUGUAGCUACUGAAUAUUUGCCCAAGGAGAUUCAAUAUUGCAAUGUACAUAAUCAAUCAAUCAGUCACACAUUUGUUGAUCUUUGAGAUAAAGAGAAUUUUGUUUAAUCUGAGUCAAGAUCAUUGAAGUAUUUCAAAGUGUUUUCUUCAAACCAAAAUGAGCAACCUAUUGAAGCAAAGCAAAGUCAAAUUAAAUCUUGUCUUGCUAUUUAUUGUGUUUUGUUUAUACAAUGUAGAUAGCUGCCAAAGAGCUGAACAUCUUUUGUCAUGUGGAUCAUAAUUUUCAAACUGCAAGCAUUCCAACUCAUAGGCUUCAUGUCCAUGUUAAAAGGUACAUUAAUUAUUUUAAGCUUACUUAAAACUUUAAAAUAUUUAUAAUAAUUAUGAAGAAAUAUCAGAAGAACCCUUAUUCGAAAGUUAAUGCAUGAUAUAAAUAUGUAACAAUACAAAUUAUGCUUAUUAUUAAGUUAGACACCCACCUUAAUCCAAUAGGCUUUAGAGAGCACUACGAUUUGUUUUUGUUUCGAGUUGCUUUCACUCAUUAAUUUUCGAUGGUUUUAAUCUGAUUGCUUGUAUUUCUUAAGUGGCGGCUUCUCAUAUAGAAACUGAACAUUGGCACACAGUGCAUCCAGACAGUGAGUGCAUAUAGUGGACCUUUUAUUUUACCCCUGUAGAUUGGUGAGUAAAGGUUAUAAAGUUGGAGUAGUGAAGCAAACAGAAACAGCAGCACUGAAGGCAGCUGGAGAAAAUAAAAGCAAAGUUUUUACAAGAAAAUUACAUGCACUCUACACAAAGACUACACUAGUUGGUGAAGGUAUCCUUUUUGCGAACUUGAACAGGACCUUUCACACUGACCACAUCAUAACUCGAAAAGGGACAAAGACUAUUCAGUUUCUGGAUACUGUUCCAAAGGAGGAGUUGAAUCAGCGGUUCUCUGAGGCUUUGGUUCAAAAAAAUGCAUUUCACAUGUCCCUAAUUUAAUGCUUUAAAUAAGGAAAACCUUUUUUUCUUUUCAUUUGCAUGAGAUUCGGCACAUGUCAAAUGCGAUAUUUGAACCAGACUUAAGUAACUCUAAAUCUUUGAAUGCCAGCUACUAUGCAUUAAGAUGGAAAAAUGCCUUUGAACUUAUUGAUCAAUCUGAUAAUAUACAUGUAAUAGUUUAAAUGCUGACCUUAAUGAUCUAAAGAUUUGAAAAUGCUGGAUGAUUUAGAGGAAACUCAGGAUUCUGUUGAGAUGGGAAGUGGCUAUCUCCUGUGCCUUGUUGAAACUAAUCUUAAUGAUAAGAAAACAAGUAGUGACAUGGUCAAAAGAACUUUUGGCUUAGUGGUAAGUAUCUUUGUAAUCAAAGUUCCUGUUGAUACUGUUCAACAUGAAAAGCUUUGCAAAUGUUUGUAUUGAAUAUUAGAAAAGGCGUUCUUAAUUCAGCUGAAUGAAAAUAUAUCCAGACAGCUGCCAAGAAGUGGGUUGUGCCAUGUUUAUCAAACCACAGAAUAAAACACUCCUUUGAGCUUCUCUUAUGAUCAGAAAAAUUCAAAGCAAAAGUUUACAUGUUCAGAGUGCCAGUGAUUAUUUAUGGGAUUGUUCUGUUUACAAUGCAUAAAAUGAGUUUGAGAAAUGACGUUCAAAAAACCGAUUCCAAGAUAAUUUAGUUUCAGUUCAACUGCUAUUUAAAGAAAGUAAAUUUUCUCUAAAGUUACUGUAUGUAGCCAAUUUGUUCACUAGUGAUACUUAUUUUCUCCAGGCUGUUCAGCCAUCAACAGGUGAUGUCAUAUAUGAUGAAUUUGAAGAUGGACCAGGUUUUACUGAACUGGAAACACAUUUUGAGCACAUCAGUCCAGAAGAGCUGCUGCUUCCAGAAUCUGUUUCUGAAUCAACAAACACAUUUAUUAAAGAAUAUGUCACAAGGCUGCAAAGGUCGGUUUACUAAUAUGUAUAGUUUUAUUUUUAGCUUUUUGUGUAAAAUUAAAUUACUGGUAACUCCAUUCCAAAUUUUAGUGUCAAUGUACAUACAGCAUAAAGUACUAGAAUAUUAUUCAGGGCACUGUUCUUGUAGUGAGAAGAAAAUAAUUAAGACACCACCCCACCUCCCCCCUCCCCAAAGAUGCAUGACUUGUAUGACUGUAGUGCAAGUAGGAAUCAUGGGAAAUAAAAAGCAUCAGCUUAAUGUAUGUUUCUGUGGGUGUGUCUGCCCUGUUUGUCCUGCUUGUUGUUUGUUAUGGGGAAAUAUUGCUAGCCUGUUCUCAGCCUGGUAACAUUUUCAUGCCUUCUACUAGAGACAGGGAUCCCCUUUUUCAUGGUCAGUCAUGCUACUCAAAGGUCUAGCUGAUUGUAAAGCAAGGGCAGUGCUUUCCUCAUGUCACAGAACCAUAAUUUUGAUCCUUGUCUGACCAUUGCAGCUCUUUAUAAAUUUAAAUAUUUCUAAUUCAUUUUUUUGCUAUAAUUAUGUUGUUACAGACCAGAAGAUAGCAUCAGACUAGAAAAAAUGGCUGAUCAACUGUAUGAAGAAUCUGCUGUUUUGACGCAGAUCACUAAAUUCUAUGACCAGCCAUUGCCUGAGAGAAAUCCCCAGUUAUGUAAAGUGAACAUUGAAAGGGAAUCACCCUUAAAUGCUGACCAGGAAACUUCUACAGCCUUGGAAGUACUCUUGAAUUUGCCAAAAUCAGUGCAGAUGUGUUUUGCUGCACUUAUCCAAUACCUCCAAGACUUCAAACUGGAAAAGAUUCUCAGAUUUACAAGGUGCUCAUGCAGCUAAUGCAAUACUUUUUGUUGAUUUUGUAGAAUGUGUCAUAUAGCUUGCCUUGUAUGCUUGACUGCUUGUAAGGCAAGCUACCUGUAAAAUCAAAUGUUACAUGCAGCUUGCCUUGUUUAUAACUUACUCCACAUUGUGCAAAAUUGUUGCACAAAAAUGGUCAUACAUGUAUCACCAGCCUAUUAAUGGUAUUAACGGAUGAUGGAUGGGGGUAAGGGAUUGUAGAUGUAGGGUUCUCAUAUGAUUAUGUUUUGAAGUAGGCAGCUAGGAUGUAAAAGUAGGUGGCUUGACAGGCAAUUGCUGAAGAAAAUUUUAGGCUUUCAUCCUCUCCCAUUCUCCCAUAAGACGUUUUCCCCAAAGAGUAGGCAGCUCAAAUUUUAAAGUAGUGGGUUUUUAGCUGUUUUCUAGCACCUAGAGAGAACUCUGGGGACAGGAAAGGGUGAGUCUGGUCAUGUAUGGGUUUUAAACGCCCUUAAAAAUUGUCAAUCCUGGCUUAAACAUGACUUUGAAUUUGAAGUCAGGUUCUUUUAUAACGUGAUUAUUAUUUUUACGCUCAAAGUAGAAAUUAGCAUGAAGUCAAUAACCCUUGGUCAUGACAGACUCAUGAGCGUCUCAAAGGGUGCCUGAAGUUUAGCUGCCUCCUCAAGUAACACAUUCUCGAGAGAGGGGAGCUAUGAUCCUGGAUUAUGUCAAGUUUAUUCUUUUUUAUUGAAUAUAUUAAUUUUCUUCUAUCCUAUAUGCAAUUUAACAUGUAUGUAAGGUAUAAGGUUUAAAAUAUCAUUGAAAAGGUUUAAGAGGUAAGUUUUGUUCAAACAGUUUGAGUCACCGGUUUGAGAUUCCUUGGACCUUUAUAAAUUCUUAGUCCAUACAUGUACGAAGUUAACUGAUCAGAGUAAAACCUAACAUUUUGGUGCCAUCUGAAGUCCUAACAUUCCUAAACAGACCUUUCUUCGACAAAAAGCAAUCCUUGCGUAGAAGCUAUUGAAAUUGUUGUUGUUGCUAUUUAAGGGCUUGUCUUGAAUUUGUUUUGGUUCUUUCUGAUCUUAGACAAAUGGAAGCGAAAAGUCUUCAUUAUUCUGGGUUAUUAACCACACUACAACUGCGUUUGGCCGAAGGCUGUUGAAGAAAUGGAUUUCAAGACCGCUUCGUACAGUCAGGUAUCUUGUCACGGCAUUUCUUGAGAAUUUUUAUUCCAGACAUGGUUCAAUUGAUACAAUUAAAAUUUGAAGUAAACACUUGCACGUUCAGCUGCCGUCAAGCGCGAGUAAAUAUACCCAGGAAAGUGUCUACUGGAUUUGCUUUUCCUCUUAAUUGGUCAAGAAUCUGGCAAGAAAUUUCUGAGCUUAUUAUAGCUGGAGUGCAUAAUAUACAUACGUGAAAAGAAGGUUAUCAAAAAAGUCUUAAAGUUACUGUCUUCACUCAACUUGAAAAGCGCUCUAACAAGAUAUUACAACAAAUGCUACUUUAUUGGUGCCUUUUAUUGAAUGGAUCUGAAAAGUAGUUUUGCGGUCGUUUUCCUUUUGCGCUAGACUGUAAAACAGUCCGUAUUUUUGCGUAUUCAAGUACGCGCGAGCAGUCAAACAAAAGGUCUGGAAUGAGGCUGAAAACAGAGAGCGAGACUGGGCAUGUCAGGCUCGCGCUCCUCGCGCGCGUAAGACUCUUAGGUCACGCUUUAUAGAUUUCUUUACUGAUUUUGAGAAAAAAACCGACUGUUUUGCAGUCUACUUUUGCGCAUGCUCGGGAACUUUUGCCGCGCUUGGUCUUGGCCCCGCCCGCUCCCAUAUGAAUCUUGAUUUGUUCAUUCGCGUAGGUUCUGUACCCUUCUUUUGUGUGUGCGAAAAUAAGUGGCAAAAACCACUCAAAAUAAAAACUGUUGUUUGGUUACUUCAUAAACCAUCACCAGGUGUGUUUUAGGUUUGGAGUUUUUCUCGAUGUUACGGCUUUUCAAUGUUCAGUAAUUAAAACGCUUUUGGCUUUUAUUAUUAGCGCGAUUGAAGAGAGAUUGAGUGCGGUCACAGAAUUGUGCAGCCCAAAUGCAUCAUGUCUGUCGCAUAUGAAGGGCUUGUUAUCUCAGCUUCCUGAUUUAGAGCGAGGUCUCUGCACCAUCUUCCACAAAAAGGUUAGUUUGAUAAAACAUGUGCUGACUUCUUGCCAGGAUCGCUGUUAAUUCAUUUAGUCCGCUAUAGCUGCCCUCUACGUUUUUGUUAGUCUUUGAAAGAUAUUAAUUUUGCUAUGACCAUUUUGAUGAUAGUCACUAAACAUACUUUGGUUCAUGAAGUUUUUUGCUGUUGUUUUAGAGAUCUUUGUUUUUAAAGGUGAAUUUAGGUAUGGUACAUUAACUGUUACUAACGUAUUAAACGAGAAGGUUACUACACUGCACUGUUGCGGCUUAAAACAGUUAUUAUAUCACAAGCUAUUUAUAAACUCUGUAGCAACAUAGAUCAAAAAUCAGGCACGUCAGGCAAUAUUAGCGCUUGGCUUAGUAUUUUUAACAUUUGAAAUUUUCAGCGUUUAGUCUCGUACUAAAUGAAGUCAAUGAUUUCGUUUGUUUUUCUUAAUUUCAGUGCACACCAGCAGAGUUUGUAACGAUAACAAAAUCACUCGUUAAUCUGGCCAAACAUCUUCAAUCAAAUCAGCAAGUUGCCACCAGUAAACUAGAAUCGCCGUUAUUAAGAAGCAUCUUCGCGGAGGUAUAUGGAGUAUUAAUUUUGUAUUUUUAAUAAAACACGGCUGCUCUGAGAUGAUUCUCGUUUAACAAGUCAUGCUCUAAAAGUGUUUUUAAGACAUGAAAUUUUCUACAGUGAUCCUAUAUGCAGUUUAAUCGGUUUGCUGACGACGCUAGCUUUUUUUGCGUUUUAGUACCGUAAACGUUUCUAAUAAAUAAUAUUUCGUACUUAUUGAUUAAGGCAAGUGUCAAUUUUUUUUUUCUUGUUGCAGGUUCCAAAUUACUUGAAUGAUGUUGGCGAUUUCUUGAAGCUAGUAAAUGAAAAGGCUGCUAAGUAAUGAACAUUUGUUGUUGUUGUUUCGUUUACUUACAGUGUAUUGGAUCGGUUCCAGUUGCGUGUGGAAAGAAAUUUUGCGAUUGCUGUAGUCUCCCAUCCCAACGUUUUUUAAUAAUUAUUGACUCAAAUAAACAUCACUCUUAGCCUCUUUUUCAAAGCAGCGAGUCCUGGCGCUAAUCCUUGCGUAUGAAAAUAAGUCCUCAUUCAAAUACAAUGUGAAUGGCUAUGCACCAAGCCUGGUUUUGAAAAAGAGACUUGAUACGACUCGGAGAUUAGCUGUUAAACCACACCGUUCGAUCGUUAAAGUUGCUAUCGUGAAUUGAUUUUGUGAGUUCAGACUGGGAGAUACGAAAUACUCGAUAUAGUGAGUGAUAAUUCCUAUUUAUUAAACCAUCGACUUUCGUUUGUGACAGGGAAGGUGACAAAACUAGAUUGUUUGAUGAUCUGACACAGUUCCCUGAAAUCAUGAAAUGCAAUCUGGUAAGGCCUUUACAGAAUAGGUAGAAUGCGUCAUAAUUUUUUCUCUUCUUUUUUCCCCCCACACUAUAGCGAUCCAAGAAUUCUGCUGUUUCCUUUAACUUAAAGCGCGCGCGUAAAGGACAACAAGAAGGUAAACUGAGCAAGGAGAGACGCUCUUCGUCCGCUGUUUUCCUUCUCACCCUAGUGCGAUGCGCUUCACUCGGUUCCAGUCUCAAAAAAAUGAUGAGUUUCGCGUUAUCUGGCGCAAUCUCCUUUUCACUGGCUGAAAGCCCACCACUUGACCUGCAAAUAACUGCCUACAGAUGAUGGUCUGCUCAGGUGCAUUCGUCCACUAACUGAGUUUGGCUGCAAACAAUAUUUUGCUUAUGCGUACAUGAAGCCACGCUUUUCUCCUUCUUUCGAUCGCUCUUGCGUGAAAAUGGCGGAUCGCUUCGCUCAACGAAUAUAUUCAUUAAGAAAACUCGGUGAUCGAAUGAUGAAACAAUUAUUGAACUCGGUUAUCGCAAAAUAUUUUGAUUUGUCAGUCUCUCUGCUCGCCACUGACAAAUCACGAUAUUUCCUCCUCAAUAAUAUUGUUAAUUAUUCUCGUUCAUUACAUUGCGGCCACGUAUUAAGUAAAGUUCGACGUUUGAGCCUGGCCAAAGUCCAGCCCUUUUUCGCCUUUUUUGUUUGAGACUAACUGUGAUGUAAAUAUUUGCAUGCAUCUUUGUUUGGCGCAUAGGAAAUUGACAGGAUUAUCGCAGAGUUGAAAAGCCAUCGAUCUGAAUUCAGACAAGUUUUACGCCAUCCAUCACUGGACUACUGUUGUGUUUCAGGAAAUGAGGUAUCAGAGAAGUUUAGGAAGAAGAACUUAUCCUUUGUUGGCAGAAAAAGAAGUCUUAUAGAAUAGUACCUGUGUUUUGCUAAGGGAUACUUUGCAUCCUUUACUAAACUAGUACCCGCCUAGUCAGCUUUGGCUAACUUGAAUAUCAUGAAUGUCAUCAAACUUUAAAAAUCUACACGGCCAUGUUGGGCAUAAUGGUAAAACUGUUUAGAUAGCAGCAUUCUACUGUAUUGAAACAGUUCAUGAAUCAGCUUGUAAAUCAGAUUAUUUCCCUUAAACCAUUUGUAUUUGAGAAAAACUAGGCAAUAUAUAAUAUGGUUUUGGUGUAUAAUAUAAAUUUAUCUCACAAAGAGCUGCAGUAUAGAUGUUUUUCUUCCGUUUUGUUCAUUUUGAAAGUCACUGUCUUUUUCAGUUUUUAAUUGAAGUUAGAAAUGCAAAUUUGAGGAUGGUACCUUCUGACUGGAUUAAAAUCAGCGCGUAAGUAUAGUUAGUUAUGUUUUGCAUCUUACUACGCGCGAAAACCUGUUUGUUCUUUUACAAUGCGAAUGAUGAGCAAAUACAAAUAACUUUUUUAUUAAUGUUGGAAGUUUCUUAAAUUGUGGCAGGCUUGAAUUACAGGGUAGGAAUUCUUAUAAAAAUGAGGUCAUCUUAGGAAAAUGAAAGUUGACGUGUUUCUAUAAAGGAAAUAAGUAAACUGUAGUCUCGAGUCUUGAUCAAUCUCGAGCAAAGAUAAUAGAGCUUUCGGCUGCAACUGCGGCCUUGACCACUGACUAUAAUUAUGUAAGCACGCUGACGUGGUUCUGAAAGCAAAAGUUGGCCGGUUUGGGACAUUGUGUCUCAGGGCCCUUUAACACGUGACAUGAUUAGAUUUCUUCAAUUGCAAGGUAAUUGGAAUUUAGCACUAUCCCAGUUCAGGUAUGGCGGCCUUAUUCAGCUACCCCUCCCGUACAUAGCACUCUUGUACUAGUCACCCUCCCCCUGCUUAAGAUCGGUCCAGUUCCUCAACAGGCAGUUCAUGUAAUUUUUUUUUUUUUCGUAGAAUAAGUCUUUUCACGUAUUACUCAUUAACUUCUUACUUUAUGAAUAGUUUGUUUGGUAUUUGAUUGCGCGGCAAUGGAUCAUUCAUGUUUUUGUAUCUACCAGCACUAAACAAGUAUCGCGAUUCAGAACACCUUUUGUUGAAGAAAAGUUCAAGAUCUUGUGUCAGUGGAGGGAACAGCUGUCUAUCGCAGCUCACGAGGCGUGGUUGGAAUUUUUAGCGCUAUUCUCAGAGGGAUGUUCCAGAUAUCGCCGGGCUGUUCAUUGUAUCGCUACUCUCGACUGUCUCUUUUCUCUGGCUGCUGUUGCUAAGCAACCAGGUUUUGUAAGGUAAGGUGAUCUAAAGCUCCGUUCAAACGGUUUCAACCAAUUUCAACCAAUUCGGAUUGGUUUCCGUACGCUUUUACCUGUACAGGAAUCGUACAGUACCGUUUACUGUUGGAGAUCGCGCGUCUUUUUUUCGCUUAGAUUGUUUUAUUUUUGCGACGUCCCUACUAUUUGAGAACCUGGCACUGGCCACGAGAAAAGCGACGAGAUAAAGGAACUGUGAGGUUUCACUAUAAAAAAAACUAAGUUUAUCCCUUGUUUUGUUCAGGCUUCUGAAUUUUUUUUUCAUUUUCUAUGUCCUUCUGGUUAACCUUUUGUUUCGUCGUUUCAGGCCGUUUGUGAGGGACUGUGAAUCUCAUAUUUAUAUCAAACAAGGACGACACCCCGUCAUAGAUAAUCUUUUGCCCGAAAACGAGCAGUUUGUACCAAAUGAUACAGACAUGAAUGUAAGUCAAUAUUGUUUAACUGGCUCUUACGUGUUUUGUCAGUUGUCUUGUGAAGCGGAGUCUUUAUAUAUCGAAAACUCCUUUAUAUCCCGAACCAACAAUUCCGGUCAUUCCAGGACCAGGGUGUGAAUCCUUUUCAUCUUCAUACAUUCAUUUACCAAGGCAAGUUGGAGGUCUACUGAGUGAACGCCGGGUAAUUUCACGUGUAUGAGUUCAGCUAUGGUUAUUAGACAUAACUGUUAAGCGAUAUAUUGCUACGGACUUAACAUAAGGUACCCCGCGUUUCUGCCUGCGCGGGCACGGGUAGGGGACAUGUUUCUCCUGUGUUAAUAUAUAGUCAAGGGGACCAUGUUUUCCUUAUCAUUGUAUUAAGUAUUAUCACUCUACCCGGUACGAGUAAUUUACUACACUACCUGCAUGUACACCGGAAAAGGUUUGUCUCCAAAGAAUAAUUACUGUAGUUUCACUUAUUUUCAGGUAAAUGAUAAUCGUUGUAUGAUAAUUACUGGACCGAACAUGGGUGGAAAGAGCUCUUAUAUCAAACAAGUAAGCAUAAAUUCAGUUCUCUUCAGCUCUUUUCCUUUUCGACGUUUACUGUCACUUAUGGCAAACUGUAAGGCAAUCUAAUGGCUGGAUAGUACUUAAAAUAAUCUUGUCCUUCUGAAGCGAGCGCCACCAAACAAUUUCACGAACGUCGUACGUGUAAAAGUAAUGAAAGAACGAACGAAAAACAGAGCGAGGGAGCGAGCUCGAGUUCGCGUGCAGCUUCGCCACCCAUAUACCUGACAACAUGUCGCUGUGAUAAGGUAGUAAGUGCUGUUGUAGAAAACGCUUUUUAUUAGAAUUGAAACCUGACUGACCCUACCCCACAUAGGUUGCCUUGAUUGUAAUUCUGGCCCAGACCGGCUCUUAUGUUCCUGCCGAGGAGGCGAAAGUUGGAGUUUUGGACGCGGUUUUUACCAGGUAUUAUCAUUAGAAAUAAUAGAGAACAAAUGAAAGGCUAAAAUUUACCUCACAUUCAUAUUUUAUUCGUAUAAAUGGAUAUGUUAGUCCUUUCUGGAGCGGUUUUAAUGACAAAUGAUAAGUAGAACGCGAGGAGUUAUUCUUCAGUAGUGUUUGAAAUAGUUGUCACUGCAUGCUUUACAGGAUGGGAGCUUCAGACAACAUUUACAAAGGGCAGAGCACGUUUAUGGUCGAACUUCAGGUACUUACAUACAUUUCACCUUACUAUAACUAAAAUCGCCAAGAGAAACAACGAACUGUUGGGUCUUGCCAAACCUGACAAAAGGUUGCACGAGUCCUCCUACUGUAGUUUGGAGGUGAAGGUGAAUAGUUCUUGAGUUUUAUUAAUGACUAUCGCGUCGUUACUUUGCGGUCGUAUUCAUGAAGAUUAAGAAUGGAAAAAAGUAAGAUGUUUUUUUUGAGUCAUGUUUUGGCAAACUAACAGUAAAGUAGGAGACUUGUUGCUGAGAAUGCUAGCUGAUUGUAAACUUGAUUCUCUUCCGUUUUAGGAAACAUCGGACAUUAUUGCCCAGGCCACUCCAAAGUCACUGGUUAUCUUGGAUGAGCUGGGCCGGGGUACUAGUACCCAUGAUGGUACGGCCAUUGCUUAUGCUACGCUGCAUCACUUUAUUAGUAAGGUAUGUGUUCUAGACGUUAAUUCCGUGAUUUCAUAUUCUAGACUGAAACAGCAGUUGCAAACGCAAUAUCUUGCUGAAACUGUGUGCCGAUCUCACCUGGGAGAGGUCGGUAGACGCUCUAUCAAAACCUAUCCAUUACUCAGUUUAGUGUACGAGAGAUAAGCCGGAUCUUCUUCGUGCAAGUCAAAAGAUCGUUAUUACCCCCUGUUACCCCUGUUACCCUUUGUUCCCCCUUGUUACUCCUCUUACCCCUUGUUACCCUUCGUUCCCCCUUGAUACCCUUGUUACCCCUUGUUACCCCUUGUUUCCCCUGUUACCCCUUGUUACCACUUGUUACCCUUUGUUACCCCUUGUUACCCCUGUUACCCCUUGUGAAGGGGUAACAAAAGGGAACAAAGGGUAACAGGGAUAACAAGGGGUAACAGGGGUGACAAGGGGAACAGGGGUAACAAGGGGUAACAAAGGGUAACAUGGGGUAACAGGGAAACAAGGGGUGAGAGGGGUAACAAGGGUAAAAGGGGCAACCAGGGCUAACAGGGGUAACAAGGGGAACAGGGGUAACAAGUGGUAACAGGGGUAACAAGGGGGAACUUAAAUCUUAAAUUAUCUGUUAGGGUAUUCACCGCUGGUAUUUGGUUAUUUUCCCCGCCACGGCAGCGAACAGAUGAUGGGGAACGGGUGCUCUCUUUAGAGCGGGUCUCCGUAAGAACCGACCAGUGAUUUGGGAUCAAAAAAUUAAGUUUCCUCAUAUUCUGGGAUAUUAAAGUCUUUACCUAAUUAGUUACAAAAAUGCAUUUUUUGACCGAAAUUGCGAAAUAUAGUUUUUACGAAAUUUUGAAUUUUCGGCCAGUUGGCCUUGGCGCCAUAGCCUUUGAAACUGCAAAAAUCACCUACAUUGCCGGCGCUACAGAAAACAAACAACUCGUUCAAGAAGGCCUAUUUUCUUCUUAAUAUACGGAUACACCACUCUAGAUGUCCUAGCCAUAUCACAUUUCCGAAUUAUUUAUUCAUUUUAACGGCAAGAAUGUUUUUCGUGGCACGUGUUAUCAGCCUUUCAUCAAAAUAUGAAAAUAGCUUCAAGGUUUAACGAAAACGUUUUCAAGGGUUUUUCGCUCGACCUUCUCUUUAUGUACAAUUGGAUUUACAGUUUGUUAGACAACUCAGUAGGCACAGGUUAUGAGCUCCUGAUCGGCAUUGAGAAUACUAUGACAUUUACCUCCAAAUAGACUUUACUAUCUUCGUACCAAACCUGGGCCCCACACCCACCCUUCUAAACCCCCAUUAAUGCUCCUUUUUAUCGGUAUUUACAGCUACUUAAAGCUACACGGAAGGGAAAGAAGUCGAAAAAGGGAUUGGAGGUCACAUUUGGGGAUCGACCUCGGGACUUCUCCCAUAGCGGGCGGCGCAAUAACCAACUGUACCAAUCCUUGUUCCUCAAAAGCUAGUGCAAACGCAAAGUAGCGCAGUAAAAAGCCUACCUGACCGAGUGGGAAUUGUCCUUCCAAAAAUUGAGUGAUGUUACCCAUGAUCAUUUUUUAGUUUUUCCUUGCUCCUAAAUGAAGAAGAUAUUGACACGUCCUUAAAGGGCGCCAGUUUCGAGCCAGUUGCAGCUCAAAUAAUGAUCAAUUAUGUCUCACACAUACGAACGGACCCGCCCUGACGAAUAUUAGUUCGUAUUUUAAGUUAUAUCUUUCUGUCAUUUUUGCAACAUCCUUACUGAAUAUUUCGAAGCUCGAAAAUCUCUACAGGUAGAUUUUCCCAAGUCCGGGAAGGAAAACUUUGUUGAAGAAAUUCAGGAAAUUGCUACCCCUUGUCUGCUUCGUGUCCAGUCGAUGAGGACUGAAAUACAAAGUCACGCAUACAACUACGCAUACAGUAUUUCAAAUACAUAACUGGGCUAAAUCGCUUUCUUACCGACUUAUCGCGUCACAUUUGCGAACAAAUUAGUUUUAUUUGCCCAAGAAAUUUUACUGCCAUUUCUUGAGGAGUCGAUCUUAAUGAAAAACUAUUUUUAGCAAAGACCUCGAGGUCGGGUGUCACGAACUAGUCACGCUAGCGGAUACGACCAUUUUACAAACCAGAUAACAUUGCAACAAAACAAGUAUAAACACGGAAUCAACCGCCAAUAUAGUUUCAGAUGAUUAAGAAAUAACCUUAAAAUGGAAAAGAGCUAAGGUGAGACCCAUCAAGCCAUCAAAUGAAGUUGGACUUUAACGAGUAAGGCGACAAGGCAAGUGUUCGUUAAUUAUCAGGUCUUCAAAAUUUCUGGAAAUUCAAACGGCGGUCAAGUUCGAAAACGUUGAGAGCACAAAAAUUUUAUUCCUUUUUACGUUUAACUAUCAUUUCUAGUUUGUAUUAAUACAGAUAGCAAAAUUCAGACAGGUGCCACACUUUUUUAAACUGCCCUCAAACAUACUCAAAGUUGAGCUAUUUUCAUGUUCUAAUGAAAGGUCGAUAACACGUGCCACGAAAAAUAUUCUUGCCGUUAAAAUGAAUAAAUAGUUCGGAAAUGUGAUAUGGCUAGGACAUCUAGAGUGGUGUAUUGGUAUAUUAAAAAGAAAAUAGGCCUUCUUGAACGAGUUGUUUGUUUUCUGUAGCGCCGGCAAUGUAGGUGAUUUUUGCAGUUUCAAAGGCUACUAUGGCGCCGGUGCCAACCGGUUGAAAAUUCAAAAAUUCGUAAAAAUUAUAUUUCGCAUUUUCGGUCAAACAAAAUGCAUUUUUGUAACUAAUUAGCUUAAGACUUUAAUAUCCCAGAAUAUGAGAAAAAUUAAUUUUUUGAUCCGAAAUCACUGGUCGGUUCUUACGGAGACAUACUCUUAAGCAUUCAAAAACGAUUUCGUCAAUUUUUUUUCUCGCCGAUAGGUGUCCAGCCUGACCCUAUUUGUAACACACUAUCCGUCACUGGCCGAGCUAGAAGUAGCUUUUCCAAAGCACGUUACCAACAAUCAUAUGGCCUUUAUGACGUCACAAGAGCAACAGAGUGACCAACAGUGCCCUGAGGGAGGGGAGGGAGAGUCUAUACCUUCAGUCACUUUCUUGUAUCACGUGGUAAAUGGCGCUGCUGCGAGAAGCUAUGGGUUGAAUGUGGCGCGUCUGGCAGGAAUUCCAAGUGAAAUCCUUAACACGGCCGCCAAAAAAUCACACGAAUUGGAAAAUCAAAUCACGCAUCGGCAGUAGGUAGUCUAUGAUUCAUCUUUUGAAUAUUCCAAUUUUGAUAUCCAUAAGCAAUUUCCUGCGCGGCCUUUGUAGAGGCAAGUGAUGAAGAUGUGAUAGCGAGUUUAUAUAAGUGCCAUGAGGGCAAUGGCGGUGAAACAGCACUUAUAAAGUUAGUCGCAUUCUUUUAAGGAAGCUUCAUUACGAUUAUUUACUCUCGUAACUUUUUUACAGCAUGCCAAUUUUUCUGAACUCUUAGUGAGUUGUUAAGGAAUAGAAAAAAAAUCGUUGUCAAGUGUAUCCGUCCUCUAUAAGUAAAAGUCGCUCCAGCAAAUUUCCUGUCGUAGUCGUGUAGUGACUACGAAGAAUAGCACCAGAGAGUGUGAUGCAAGAGCUCCCUACUGAUUUUUUGAAGCUGUCUUUGCUGUUACCGUUGCGGUUUCUUAAACAUAUGUCACGCCGUCACAUGGUUUCGAAUCUCCUUCUGGGAGCUUUCCCUUUUCCCUCACUUCAGUUUCCAGCCUUAAAUUUUUCUUAUCUCUGGUUUAUCUCAAUAUGAGAAGUGUUUGUAUCACGAUGAUCAGUGACUUUCAGACGUUGAAAGGGUUCGUUUAACACGUAUAGGAUAAUUUGAAGUUAGAUUAAAAUUUUAAAACCGAUACUGGAAAAGAACAGCUAAGAGUAGUUUAGUAAAAACUGUCUGGCUUGUGCUUUUAUAUUUAGCGAUUUUCUAUUAAGAAAUCUAAUAACUCCAUGUCUUUUUAAAAAAACCUUAUAAUUUACCGUAUCUUAGUCUAAUGUUCAUCACUGUUAACCAUGAAUUGGGUUAUAAAUUUAUAACCCCGCCUAUUACGACAUGUGCAAGUUUUUAUGUCAGUUCUCUUUUUUCCUCUCUCUCUCCUUUCUCAGCUAUAUGAAGACUAUUUUUCAAGACAUUUGUUCAAGCUCAUCAGUGACUCCUGAAUCUAUUAAGAACUUGAGGGACUCUUUGACAACGUUUGCACCUGGUUAACACGAACAAUCAGUUACUCCUGUAAUUUUAACUUAUAGAAAUAGAGAAGCCC